AUCUUAAGCAUCGACGUUUUGGUGGCUGGCAAGGAACGUUUGUUUGGUGUAUUAAAGCGACCAUCAAGUACUUUGACGACUUUAAUCCCUGCGGAGCCUCUGUAAGGAAACCAAAAACCAGAAAAAAUCAGAACAUUCAUCAGAUUCGAAAUUUCAAGCGGCAAAAUGGCAUCGCAACUGCUCCCUCUGGAACUCAUCGACAAGUGUGUUGGAUCGAGGAUUUGGGUUGUAAUGAAGGGCGACAAGGAAUUCAGUGGCACGCUCCUGGGUUUCGAUGACUACGUCAACAUGGUGUUGGAGGACGUGACAGAAUUUGACUACUCUGGAAACCACACAAAGCUCCCCAAGAUCCUACUGAACGGCAACAACAUUUGCAUGCUCAUUCCUGGAGGAGAAGGUCCAGUGACAGCAUGAAGAAGUUUGGAGGGAAAGAAUUUGAGCAGAGGCAGCUGUUCCUCAAGAUCGCAGGUAGACCAAGUUCACCAUUCUGAUAACCUGGAGGGUCUUACGAGGACGGCACCAGGGUAGUACGAGCAAAUACGCCAUGAAAGCUGAAAGCUGAAAGCGUUGACUCGGAGCCCAAGGGUGAAUCACGAAAGAAGGCCUCGGGGAACUGGGCAUACGCAUCACAAAAUGUCACGGAGAGAGCCUUUCAAAGCAUCGCGUAAUUGACGACGUAA